UCUCUGUGUCUUCUUUUUACGCUUUCAUUCCUGUCCGCCGCUUUAUCCCCGUCCUCUCCGCGUUCACCGUUACACUUUGGAGGUCAUGGCAGAUGUCGACAAACUGAACAUCGACAGCAUCAUCCAGCGGCUGCUAGAAGUAAGAGGAUCGAAGCCUGGAAAAAAUGUUCAACUUCAAGAGAAUGAAAUUAGAGGAUUAUGUCUGAAGUCUCGAGAAAUCUUUCUUAGCCAGCCAAUUUUAUUGGAACUUGAAGCACCUCUUAAGAUUUGUGGUGAUAUUCAUGGACAAUAUUAUGAUCUGCUACGCCUCUUUGAAUAUGGUGGAUUUCCUCCAGAAAGCAACUACUUGUUUCUUGGAGAUUAUGUGGAUCGAGGGAAACAGUCCUUGGAAACAAUUUGUUUACUUCUAGCAUACAAAAUAAAAUAUCCAGAGAAUUUUUUUCUUCUUCGAGGAAAUCACGAGUGUGCUAGCAUUAACAGAAUCUAUGGCUUUUAUGAUGAAUGUAAAAGAAGGUAUAACAUUAAAUUGUGGAAAACCUUUACAGACUGCUUCAAUUGCUUGCCAAUAGCUGCCAUAGUAGAUGAGAAGAUCUUCUGCUGUCAUGGAGGUUUAUCACCUGACCUCCAAUCAAUGGAACAAAUCAGGAGAAUCAUGCGUCCUACUGAUGUUCCAGACCAGGGUCUUCUCUGUGACUUGCUGUGGUCUGACCCUGACAAAGAUGUUUUAGGCUGGGGUGAAAAUGACCGGGGCGUAUCAUUUACUUUUGGGGCAGAAGUUGUGGCAAAGUUCCUUCACAAACAUGAUUUGGAUCUAAUUUGUCGAGCUCAUCAGGUGGUUGAAGAUGGAUAUGAAUUUUUUGCCAAACGGCAGUUGGUAACGCUUUUCUCAGCCCCAAACUACUGUGGAGAGUUUGACAAUGCAGGAGCAAUGAUGAGUGUAGAUGAAACAUUAAUGUGUUCUUUCCAGAUUUUAAAACCUGCAGAGAAAAAGAAGCCCAAUGCAAGCCGACCAGUAACGCCACCACGAGGCAUGAUUACGAAACAGGCGAAAAAAUGAGGGUCUCUUGGCCUGCUUGGACUUGUAUUAUAGUAUAUAAUCACUUUUUUUAUUUUAAAUUGUGUAACUUGUACUGGUCUGUUCCAUCUAGAUGUUGGCGACUUUUUUCAUUUAAAGAAAUGUAUUUGCUACAAUGCUUACUAUUUUCUGUUCUUUACUUUCAAUCUGAAAUUCAAACUUUAUUCUGUUGCUUCAAUAUGGUUUAUUUUAUGCCAGUGUUACUGUACACUCCGAUCUUUAUCUUCAUUAUUCAUGUAGCUUUGUACAAUUCACAUUAUUUGUAAAUGCUUGUUUACUACUUUAGUACUUAAAGAUGGCACUUGCGGGCUGGUCAGACUAGGAAUGUCACAGCUAUAAUUUGCAUCCUGUUUAUACAAACCACUGUGAACUUUUUCCUGUUCUUUUUUUAAAGGGAUUUUCUUUUACCAUCAGGUCCACAUAUGUAUAGCUAUUAAUAUUAGAAAGAUCCCCCUCUACUUUACCAGCAUCACUGGUUUGAUGUACAUUUAAGUAAAGCACAUUUUCUGUACUGUAUUCUUUAACUGAAAUUAAAGCCAUUAUUUUAACUGUUUUCCACUUCCUGAAACUUGCAUCUGUACUGGUGUAUUGCUCAUGUCUUCCAUAGCAAUGAAGUUGGAUUUGCGUCUGUAGUGUUUGCAUGGUAACUGAUAAAGGAAUGCUUAUCUGGACAUGCCAAUGCACUUCCUUAUGGCAUUACAUACUUAUAUUUUAUCCUGAGAGGCAUAAUUACCACUAACAAGAUACCAGAAUUGGGACAUGCCAAAGUUGUCACUUUAAAUGUUUACCAGCCUUUUUUAUUUCCUAAUAAAGAAACUUGUUUGAGCCAUA